AGGCACUUCAACAACACUCCACAAAUCCUGAAGCUGCCUGCUAUCCGCGGCCCUUCAAGAUGAGCCUCUGUCCCAGCAAAUGCUGCUGAGCACACUCCCACUGCGACGAUACGCACCUCGACUCGGAUUCUUAGUCGAUAGCUCGGAGUAUCUGCGAGCAAAUGCUAGGAGACCAAUUCCUUGGUUUCACGCCGCGCGCCGGCUUGCCACGGCUGCCGAAAACCCAGUAGAUGAUGGCACACAAACAUUUCAGUCCGCCCCUCAUGUUGCCCCCAACUGGCAAGACGAUGAUGCCUCCACAAACUCACCAUCCAAAACCUCUUUCUCGCGGGCAUGGGACUCUAAGUACUUUCAGCAAUGGGCUCCAAGUCACGUAUUGCGACAAUGGCUCACCCAGGGAUAUGGAGCUUCAGAACACCAUGAUCACCUCCUGAGAAGCGCCGCUGCUUCCAGGAGUACGCGACUGUCUAUCGUUGCCUUGCAGGUUGACAUGAUGCGAGCUGAGACUGCGCAGCCGACAUGCCUCUCUGAGCACCUGAUCACGGAGUCCGUUCUAGUAAAAAAACUCAAAUUCCUGGCCAGUAAGGGCAUCGCGUUGGAGGAUAUUGAACUGUGGCUCUCGAUCCUCAAACCCGAAAACCCAGCUGAGAUGGUGCGCCGUCUUUGCUCAGCCGAGCGCCUCGUACCCCCUUUCGUCAUCCUCCAGGUCUUGUGCUUGCGGCGAGACUACAAUGAUCCCGAAACGCUGAGUCGAUUGUAUGGCUGCAUAUUCAGGGCAGUGUGUGGCGAGGCCUUCCCUCAGGUCUCAAUACCCGAAUCUAUGAACCGCGAAAGCGACCCCUCAGAGGCUACCGCUGUUUCGCAGCUCGACAAAGCAUCGCCACAGUACCGAUAUCGGUGGCCACCCAACUUGUUUAUCCGCCUGGUCAGUAUGAUGACACGUCAUAGCCUGCACUCUUGGCCUGCAUCCUUGCCGUCAAUCGCCCGGCUCGCGGAGCGCUAUAUUGAAACAAUGCCACCUCCAGAAAAAAAGGGGAUAUCCGCAGAGCUGGUGGUUCGUCAAAGACAAAAUUAUGUCCACAAUGCAGCCCUAGUCAUCUUCAGCCAUCCUGCUCGAUAUAUGCCCCUUGCCAACCUUAGAUACAACUGGGAAGCCCAGAAGGUGGUGCUAGCACUCUCUGCGAAGCUGGCACGCCCACCAUUGAUUGAUCAGAGCGCUUUCAGAGCUAUCAGGUCGGUCCUGGGUGGAUUGAGAAAAUCUAAACCCGAGCGGUUGGUCGCAUCUCGGCUUUCCAAAGCCUGGCCCCCGUACAGGCAGGCUUGGGAUGGACUGGACGAAAAAAGGCCAGUCGAAGACGACUAUAGCAGAAAUGUCAAGGCUGGUGUUCUUGCUCGGGAAGCUGGCUAUGCUCCCCAGGACGUCGAUCUGAGUCUUGAUAUAAUCGGCGGGGCAGCUCUUGGAAAGUUACCAUUCGUACAUCACCGUACUACUACGCCCAAAUUAGGCCCCGACGCCAGUUCGGCGGUAAUUAUGCCUUGGGCUGCUAGCAUCAAGGCAACUCGAAAUGCUCAGGAGGCCUGGCAGGCUUUUUUACAACCUCCACAACCAGGUCUCUCGCCGUGCGCUAUCAUAUAUAACGAGAUGUUUGUCAAGCUGUAUGCCCGAGAAGUUACUAGGCCAAAUGCCCUGCCUGGCACUGGUCUCGAGGUUCAUCCAGUCCAUGAAGCCAACCUCAGUGAGUUUGAGAAGGCUCGCCUGCAGCCUCCGCGCCCAUCAGAGCUCUAUGAGCAGAUGCGGAAUCAAGGUAUUAGGCCUGUAGGCGCCUGCCUUCAGGUUUUAUUGAAGAAUGCAACUUCUAUGAAGGAGAUCGCACGCUACCUAAUGGAUAGCCGACAACAGGUGCAAGCGUCACGUGUGUUCAUCGACCUCAUCGAUCGACGCAAGUCGGAUCAACGCUAUGAACCGGAUGAAGUAAAACAUAUCUUAAACAUGCCUCUGCAUCUCUUCCGAGCUAGUGCAGUUGGCGUCACUAGGACUUUGCCAUAUUCUUGGGUACAUGAAGGCCUCAAGCGAAAGAACCCAGACAUACACCGCUUGGAAAAUCUCAUCAACAUAACCAGGAUCAGAAUGGAACACGAAAAAAGCCCAAACAUGUCGGUCUGGCACGUUAUCUUCGACGCUCUGGCUCGCCCUGCAAUUGCGGUCUUGCCUCAACCUGCAGGUCUGUCCCCCGGGGCAUACGAGACAGAAAACCGCAUAAACGCAUUGCGAAUGUUCAUGCGUGUUUUUCAUCAUGUGCACGAGACUACAGGAGUUGUGGACAUUUUGAUGUUUGACAAGCUCUGUCUGAUUUUGCGUCGUGCCAUCACCGCCAUCAACUUCCGGAGAGGACAGUCUAGAUAUUUUGACGAAGUAAUCGACGACGCACAUGCAGCACUCAAGGCCGCGGCCGCCAAACUCUCGCAACGCAUUGUUACUGAUGAGAACCCUCAAAGCCAAUUUCUUAAACUGCCAUCGUUCGGGUACCGAUUAGGCCCUGUACAGGUUCGUUCCUACUUUCGGACCCUUGCGUACCUCGGCGACCACGAUGAGCUGCUCAACCGGCUCGAAUGGAUCAUCAACGAAGGUCUCGGGGCGGAUGGACGGGAAGAGCUGCUCGAUACUGCAAUAGACCCCGACCACCCGGACCACGAGCGUCUGUACAUCUCUCUACUCAUUUUCAAGUCGUACAUGUCGCAUCAGGUGCCGCCAGAGACGAUGGAGGCGCUCAAGGCCCGGGUUAUCAAGGUCAGCGAGGAAAAGGGCCUGGCGUGGUCGUGGCCGGACGAUGAAGACGUGGAGAGCUUUAUGGAUGCGGAGCUUUAUCGCGGCGAUGAGGCCGCCUUCUGGGAAGAGGCUCACCGACGGGGACGGACUUGA